AUGGAAACCUGUCUACAGAAAUCUUGUACUGGGAACUCUGAGAAUGACAUAUAUAACCAGGAACACGACAAAGGUACUGGGAACUCUGAGAAUGACAUAUAUAACCAGGAACACGACAAAGGUACUGGGAACUCUGAGAAUGACAGAUAUAACGAGGACCACGACAAAGGUACUGGGAACUCUGAGCAUGACAUAUAUAACCAGGAAUACGACAAAGGUACUGGGAACUCUGAGAAUGACAUAGAUAACCAGGAAUACGACCAAGGUACUGGGAACUCUGAGAAUGACAUAUAUAACCAGGAACACGACAAAGGUACUGGGAACUCUGAGAAUGACAUAUAUAACCAGGAACAUGCCAAAUGUACUGGGAACUCUGAAAAUGACAGAUAUAACCAGGAACACGACAAAG